AUGCCAAAGACCACCAUCGCUUUGAUCAUGUCAACGUCCGUCAGCGCGCAACCCGCGGCCAUCUUGGCCAACGGCACAACUCACCAGCGUCACACGGCGGAUACGUUCCGGCCGCUACUCAAGGCGCUCGCCCUCGCAGCGUCGGUCGACUCGCAGUCUGGUCAGAUGAACCACCCGACCGGCACAUCCACGAUUACACACGCGCAGCUCGAGCAGAUCCUGCAGCACCUUGCCGACCCAAACUUCACAUCUUCGCGAGAGAACCAUGCACAGAUCGGGUCGGCGCUAACGUGUCUCAAGUUCUGCAGGCUCGACAUCCAGGCCGAGACGUUCGCGCUUGCUGCGCGCAUCUUUUUGGAUUGCUGUUUGGACGUGAGUGUACCAGAUUUGGACAGGGCGAAGGAGGAGUAUGCGGGGGAAGGAGGAAUGGUGGAGUACAGGGGUACUCUGGAUCUGGUGGGUACGGGAGGGGAUGGAAAGGAUACGUUUAAUGUUUCGACUACAGCGGCGAUGGUCGCGGCGGGCGUAAAGGGCGUGCGAGUGUGCAAGCACGGUGCCAAGGCGUCGUCGUCCACGUCGGGCUCAGCGGACUUGCUCAUGUCGUUGGGGAUCCCGCUGCUUGCGCUGCCUGCCUCGCAACUCCCCUCCGUGCUGAGCAAGAGCAAGUUCUCGUUCCUGUUCGCCCAGCUCUACCACCCGGCACUUGCACCCCUCGGCCCCAUCCGUCGCUCCCUCGGCUUCCCAACCAUCUUCAACGUCCUCGGCCCGCUCAUCAACCCGGCCAAACCGCAACGCUGCAUCCUCGGGGUACACUCUUAUUACCUGGGACGCAUCUUUGCCGAGGCGCUGGCAAAGCGCGGAACGCAGCGAGCGUGGAUCGUGUGCGGCCAGGAAGGCUUGGACGAGAUCAGCCCCGCCGGCAAGACAGACGUCUGGGAACUGAACAAUGGGCAGAUCAAGGAGUUUACCAUCGAGCCAGAGGACUUUGGGCUGCCCAAGCACCCGCUGGAGCAUGUAGGCUCGCAUUCGGCCGACGAGAACGCCGCAAUCGUGCUCAAGAUGUUCUCCACCCCGGAUUCGGCGUCGUUGCCCGCAGAACCGUUGGUGCAGAACAUGCCGCUUGACCCGGCCAACUUCGCGGCCUUCGCCCCCGAAACCCUUGUCCACGUCCGCUCGCUGCCCUCCAUCCCCAAAACCACCCGCCUCCAAGCAGUGAAAGACUACACGCUCCUCCAGUCCGCCGCCCUGCUCUAUGUCGGCUCGUACGCGUCCACGCUGAAGCAAGCGACCGACCUCGCGAGACGCAGCAUUGAAUCAGGCGCGGCCCUGCGCGCCAUGGAGACGUUCCGUGACGAGUCGAACCUCGCCAUCGCCCGCUUGGAAGAGGAGGAGAGGAAGGAGGCCAACCUGAAGGACAGGGAGAACAGGAAAAGCAUCGAGGAGUCGGUCAAGAACCAGGACCAGUACAGCUACCUACCCGAGAUCAGGCAGGACGUCUCCGUCGGCACGGAGGAUUGA